GCACAAGCAACUUUGCAAGGUAGACUACGGUGCGCGAUUUAUCCUGACGCUCGAAAGCCAGCCACUAUGGAAGAUGAAAAUUCUGUGGGCUACGGUGGCGCUCCCCAUGCCUGUGCUUCGUGCAAGAAGAAUAAGCGACGCUGUGAUAAGAACUUACCCAGUUGCAGCUUGUGUCUGAAGACAGGUAGAUUCUGUAACUACUUGGGUUCCCCGCCACCCAGUCAUAUAGACGAGAUCAGCAACUUGCAACGCCGAGUUCGUGAAUUGGAGGAGCAUAUCCUGCAUCGGUCGACGGAGACACCAUGCACAGUUCCUAUAGCGGGUCGGUUGAGUUGCCAGAACUCGUCUCUGGCCCAUCUGCCGCAGUCGCUGCUGCAUGUGCAAGCUUCAUACCUGGAUUCGGACAUAUUGUCCGCCUGGAAUCCGCCGGCGCAGAGUAUCCAUGAGCCGGCUCCAGAGGAGAUCGUGAAAGUGCUGGGGAGCCGGUCCGAUAUCGACCUUAUCAAGGCUCGCUAUUUUCAAUCCGUUCAUGUAUGGAUGCCGAUAAUUAGUAAAAUCCGAUUGGACCGGCUCACAGACCGAUCCCUGGGCACAAUCAGAGCGGAUAUCGCUCUGCUAUAUCUCUGUAUGAAACUUGUCCAGGAGGUGCCGCCGCCGCAACAGGAAGGGCAGUCAGAGCUCUACAUUAUCGCUAAGCAAUUCCUGAAUGAUCUGCAUAUGAAGGGACCUCUCACCCUACGGAUUGUUCAAGCCGGUCUGCUGCUCUCCAUCUAUGAACUAGGCCAUGCGAUAUUCCCCUCAGCCUUCAUGACGAUCGGUCACUGCGCGAGGGGCGGCAUUGCUAUGGGCUUGCACAACAGGUUAGCCCCCCAGCUAGCCGGUAAGCCCCGGAGCUGGGCAGAUUGGGAGGAGAGGCUGCGUGUAUGGUGGAUGAUUGUAAUUCUGGACCGGUAUGUGACGGUCGGCGCUGAUUAUCGGCCAUUAUGCACUGAAGACCCCAACAAAGACACCCUUCUCCCCGCCGACGACAGUGCCUGGGACAAUGGGGAAAUGGUACCCCCGGAACGCGUUUCUUUAUCUUCAGAACAAGGCACAGUCAGUCCCUUUGCCCGCUUAGCACAGGCAGCGAAUCUCCUCGGCCGCGUCAUUAGGCACUGCUCCGAAACAAAGCUGGAGCUUCACUUCGUGCUUGAUAAUUUUGAAACACUCGAUCAGACGAUUUUGUCUUUGACGGAGCUUUUAGCAGCCGAACAAUCAGCAGAGUCAAUGGAGACUUGUAUUGCAGCCACUAUUUGCUUCAGUGCGCUGUUCAAGCUCUAUAAUCACCAUUCAUGUGAUCUUUUCUACGAAGACAGCUCGUCUUUUCAGGUCAAUGCUAGUGCAGCCCCCCGCGUGCGUCAAUGCAUGCAGCGCAGUUUGGAUAUGAUAAGAGAGACCUGCCUGCGAGUGUUGUCAUUUGUACAGGAGUUUAGACCACGACUUACGCAUCCGACAAUGGAAAGAGUCUCGCCCUUGAUGCUCCAUUCCAUUUACAACUGUGCGACGAGUCUGUCGUGGUUAUUUGUAGAGACAAAUAACUCGCAAUAUCUUACGGGAAGACGUAUCUGUGAGGAUACACUACGUUCGUUGGGUCUGCGAUGGAAAGCAGCAGGUACAUACUUGGAACUGCUGCGAAUUGCUGACAUGGCCGAGAAUGAGAGCGGCUGACUGUUAGUUAUGAAGGUGGGUCCAGUAGGGGCACGCUGGUUGCAGUUGGUAGCUUCAACAGUGUGAGAUGAAUGAGUUCACUAUUGCUCAUCAGCCUGGAAAACGAAGGUUGGAAACACUCAUGAGGAGUACCAUCUUGAGUUUGAAGAAGAUGGAGGAUUUGUUUCCUGACCUCUAAUCUACAAUAGUCAAUUGUCUUCCUUUCGCCCUAGUCUUGACUAUUCUUACCACCAUGCCCUGGCGGAAAUGGGCUGCGUCUUGACACACUUCUUGUUGAACUGAAUACCACAUCCCUAAUUGGCUUAAAGCAAAGUGUAUUUAAUGAGAGUCCUGCGGGCUAAGGAGAACCAGCAAUGGCUUACCGC